AUAAGGCUGUGGGAAUCCAGCUCGAUUGCGAGAUGCGCGGGUAAUGGAGCUGGGGUCCCUGGCAUGGGAACGCGUGAGUGGCUGUGUGGGCUUCACCGUGAUGACGCUCGGAGCUCUUUCCCCUGGAGGAUCAGGCUGAGCUGCGGAGAGCCGAGGACGACAGAGCGACGAGGUUUAUUCCAGGACAGCGGUGUUCCCCGUCUCUCCGAGCAGAAUGAAUAUUUUCUUCAAUUUGAGGGGGACCAUUGUGAGACAAGCGGCAGAAGAAAGAGCUGUUGCAGCAGAGGCAGUCAUGAGUCCUCCACGCCGCCCAUCGAGUUCCCAUUGUGACAGGUCUUCCUCUGAGACCCUCCAGAAGAACAACAGCAGCAACUCCGGUGUUAUUUUAGAUAUCUCAUCUCUGAAGUUAGCGGAUUUGGAAACAGAGGUACCUCCUCUUCCACCUCGCUACCGUUUCAGGGACCUGCUGCUGGGGGACCAGACCUUUCAGAAUGAAGACAGGGUGCAUUUAGAGUUUUACGUGAAUGAAAACACCUUCAAGGAGAGGCUGAAGCUUUUCUUCAUCAAAAACCAAAGGUCAAGCUUGAGAAUCCGUUUGUUCAACUUCGCACUGAAGAUUCUCACGUGCGUCCUCUACAUCGUGAGAGUGAGCCUGGACGACCCCACGGAGGUCAACAGCUCGUGUUUAUUAUGUAGAAACAACAGUGUGCAAAAUGCAUCAGCGUCGUCAGAAAUCAACUGGGAUCUCAUUUUCUGGGUGAACAGACGGGUGCCUGUGUGGGCGAUACAGGUGACAGUGGCCUCAAUCAGUUUCUUGGAGACUGUGCUCAUCACAUAUCUCAGCUACAAGGGGAACAUUUGGGAGCAGAUCUUCCAGAUAUCCUUCAUCUUGGAGAUGAUCAAUACAGUGCCAUUUGUAAUCACGAUCUUCUGGCCUCCUCUAAGAAACAUAUUUGUCCCUGUGUUUCUGAACUGCUGGCUCGCCAAAGGUGCGCUGGAGAACAUGAUUAACGAUUUCCAUCGUGCCAUCCAGAGGACCCACUCCGCCAUGUUCAACCAGGUGUUUAUCCUCAUCUGCACCUUGUUCUGCCUGGUUUUCACGGGAGCUUGUGGGAUCCAGCACCUGGAACGGGCGGGGAAGAACCUGUCCUUGUUUGAUUCCUUUUACUUCUGCAUCGUCACCUUCUCCACCGUGGGCUACGGGGACGUCACACCGCAGAUCUGGCCGUCCCAGCUGCUGGUGGUCAUUCUCAUCUGCGUUGCGCUGGUGGUCCUCCCGCUGCAGUUUGAGGAACUAGCUUACCUGUGGAUGGAGAGCCAGAAGCUGGGGGGGAACUACAGCCGCCACCGGGCGCAGACGGAGAAGCACGUGGUGUUGUGCGUCAGCUCGCUCAAGAUCGACCUGCUGAUGGAUUUCCUCAACGAGUUCUACGCACAUCCCAGACUGCAGGACUACUAUGUGGUGAUCCUCUGUCCCACAGAGGUGGACAUUCAGGUCCGGAGGAUCCUGCAGAUCCCUCUGUGGUCCCAGAGGGUCAUCUACCUGCAGGGAUCCACCCUCAAAGACCAGGACCUGAUGAGAGCCAAGAUGGACGAUGCUGAGGCCUGCUUCAUCCUGAGCAGCAGGAACGAAGUGGACCGAACUGCUGCUGAUCACCAGACUAUUCUGAGAGCUUGGGCAGCCAAGGACUUCGCUCCAAACUGCCCUCUCUACGUUCAGAUUCUCAAACCGGAGAAUAAGUUUCACGUCAAGUUUGCUGAUCACGUGGUCUGUGAGGAGGAGUUCAAGUACGCCAUGUUAGCCCUGAACUGUGUGUGUCCUGCUACGUCCACCCUGGUGACGCUGCUGGUUCACACCUCCAGGGGACAAGAGGGGCAGAUGUCGCCGGAGCAGUGGCAGCGGAUUUACGGGCGCUGCUCUGGAAACGAGGUCUACCACAUCCGUUUGUGUGACAGCAAGUUCUUUGAGGAGUACGACGGGAAGAGCUUCACCUACGCCUCCUUCCACGCCCACAAGAAGUACGGCGUGUGUUUGAUCGGAGUGAAGAGAGAAGACAACAAGAGCAUCCUCCUGAACCCCGGGCCGCGCCACAUCAUGGCUGCUACGGACACGUGCUACUACAUCAACAUCACCAAAGAGGAGAACUCCGCCUUCAUCUUCAAACAGGAGGAGAAGCACAGCAAAGGUCAGGCUGGGACCGGGCUCUACGACGCCCCCUCCAGGCUGCCCGUGCACAGCAUCCUCGCCAGCAUGGGCACUGUGGCCAUAGAUCUCCAGAAUCCUGAUCCUCCCGAGGAAAGUGGGAAACUGACCUUGCCAACAGAGAACGGCGCUGGGAGCCGCAGGCCGAGCAUCGCACCCGUCCUGGAAAUUGCCGAUUCUUCUGCCAUUCUGCCCUGUGACCUGCUCAGCGAUCAGUCGGAGGACGAGACCAACCAGUCCGACGAGGAAGGCUCCGUGGGGUCAGACUUCGUGAAGGGCUACCCUCCCAACUCACCCUACAUUGGCAGCUCUCCCACUCUGUGCCACCUCCUACCACAGAAAGCUCCGUUCUGCUGCCUCCGCCUGGAUAAGGGCUGCACACAUAAUAGCUUUGAGGAUGCCAAAGCCUAUGGAUUCAAAAAUAAGCUGAUUAUAGUGUCUGCAGAGACUGCGGGAAAUGGUCUGUACAACUUUAUAGUCCCUCUCCGAGCUUAUUAUCGGCCCAGGAAGGAGCUCAACCCCAUCGUGCUGCUACUGGACUACCCGCCAGACAACCACUUCCUAGAAGCCAUCUGCUGCUUUCCCAUGGUUUACUUCAUGGCUGGAACUAUCGAUAACCUGGACAACCUGCUUCAGUGUGGCAUCAUCUACGCCGACAACUUGGUGGUCGUGGACAAGGAGAGCACCAUGAGCGCUGAGGAGGACUACAUGGCCGACGCCAAGACCAUCGUCAACGUGCAGACCAUGUUCAGGCUCUUCCCGAGUCUCAGCAUCAUCACCGAGCUCACGCACCCGUCCAACAUGAGGUUCAUGCAGUUCAGAGCCAAGGACUGCUACUCGCUCGCUCUGUCCAAGCUGGAGAAGAUCGAGCGCGAUCAGGGCUCCAACCUGGCGUUCAUGUUCCGGCUGCCGUUCGCCGCCGGCCGGGUGUUCAGCAUCAGCAUGCUGGACACGCUGCUCUACCAGUCGUUCGUGAAGGACUACGUCAUCGCCAUCAUGCGGCUGCUCCUGGGCCUGGACACCACCCCCGGCUCUGGAUACCUGUGUGUCAUGAAGAUCACAGAGGAGGACCUGUGGAUCAGAACCUACGGCCGGCUCUUCCAGAAGUUCUGCUCCUCCAGCGCAGAGAUCCCCAUCGGGAUCUACCGCACCGAGUCGCACAUGUUCUCCACCUCAGAGUCUCAGGUGUCCGUCAACGUGGAGCGGGGCGAGGAGCAGUGCGAGCGCGGAGGGUCCUGGAAGAAGAACACCCACCGAAACUCCACCACCAGCGACCAGUCGGAGCACCCGCUGCUGAGGAAGAAGAGCAUGCAGUGGGCCAGGAGGCUGAGCAGGAAGAGCGCUAAACCCGGGAGCAGAGCGGAGCGCAUCUCGCAGCAGAGGCUGAACCUGUACCGCCGCUCCGAGCGGCAGGAGCUGUCCGAGCUGGUCAAGAACCGCAUGAAGCACCUGGGCCUGCCCACCGUGGGAUACGAGGAUGUUUCUAACCUUACUGCGAGCGAUGUCAUGAAUCGAGUAAAUCUAGGAUAUUUGCAAGAUGAGAUGAACGACCACCAGAACACGCUGUCGUACGUGCUCAUCAACCCUCCCCCGGACACCAUGCUGGAGCUCAACGACAUCGUGUACAUCAUCCGGCCCGACCCGCUAGCACACAUGCCCGAGGACGCCCAGGUGGGUCAGCCUCGCAGCAGGAACCAGCAGGAGUUCGGCACGGAGACGAGAGACGAGACUCACCUGUGACGCGCCCUCAGAUCUCCACGCCAUGACCCUUGACCCGGGACGCCCCGCCGGGGCCCGCGGGCCCACGUUUCACUGAGAAGGGCUGGACUCGGACCAAGAACAGCUGAUCGUUGUCCAUCAUGUCUCCCAGCCUCCGACGGGACAGACGGCCCCAGAGAGACCCGAUGUUUCCCCCCCGAGCUGCUACAGGAAGAUGCAUGAAGAGUGCCUCGCCAUCGCCCGGUCCCCCCCGAGCCCCGCCCCCCCCCAGCCCGAGGAACGAUACCACAGAGCCGUGUUGUGAGAUGCGUCUGAAAGGUUUACGGAGGUUUCUUUGCACAUGAUAUCUUUGCUCAAGGGGCGACGUCGCCCUGAUGCCACGACUCCUGCUUCAAACUCCACUUUAAAAGAAAAAAGAAGAUUUCAAACCUGAAACUCUCGGCGACUCCGCCCCCAUCCACGUCUACAGAUCUCAAAACGGGAAUCAUGUUUUCUAGCAACAAACAAAUUCAUCAAAUUUCUACCUUUUCAAGCAUUACCAGGAAUUGAAGGUGCAUGUGCACUUUUCUUCAUUUAUUACCUCAGCUUCAUCUUUUCUUUCAGAUUUUAUCAGGAAGGGGUUUGUUUUUCUUUAAGAGCACAAACGUUUUUACCAAAUAGUGUCGUCUGUGAACAAAAGUGAGCAUUUGUCUCUGAGCUGCUCGGCUUGUCGAGAAGUGAAUAUUGUUUAACUAUUUCAUGAUUCAUUAUUAUUGCAGUGGGACAUGUAUGAAGCCUGAAUGAUGCCUGCUGCAGAUGUGUUGUUUAUUUAACCUUUUGCUUUGUGACGUUAACUUAUUUGUACAAGAUGAGCCACUCUGGAUCUAUUUUAGAACACCAGUUUGUUUAUAAAAGAAAGAGAAGAAAGUCUGUUGCUGAAGUGU